UCAUCCCCCAAGUGAAAUCUACCGGCAGAAAUUAUCGGGGAAGUUCCGGUAUCGUCUUUGCCCGAUCUUCGAUGUCGACUCCACCGUCUUCGUCCUCUUCUUCGGCGGCGCAGUACACGUACGCCGCAAAUUCGUACUACUCUUCGGCGUAUCAACCGCCGCAGCCCUAUGUGGCGCCUCCUGCGCCGGCGGCAAUCCCCGGAGCCACGGUUUACCCGCAGCCGGUGGGCCCUGUUCCCGCAGUUUAUUCUUUUCCUCAGUACCAGCAGGCACAGCAGUUGUUCCAGAGGGAUGCACAGACCAUCACACCAGAAGCCCUUGAGAACGUGAAAGCGGCUCUAGCAAGUAGCGAAACUGAACACAAAGCAGAAACCAAAAAGAGAGCUAUCCCCCGAAAAGCUGCCGGGCAGUCUUGGGAGGAUCCUACACUCUCAGAGUGGCCAGAAAAUGACUACCGCUUGUUCUGUGGUGAUCUUGGCAAUGAGGUGAACGACGAUGUUCUUUCGAAGGCUUUUUCUCGGUUCCCUUCUUUCAACAUGGCAAAAGUUAUCAGAGAUAAAAGGACAGGCAAAACUAAGGGAUACGGGUUCGUUAGUUUCUCCAAUAUUGCUGAUCUUGCUGCCGCGCUUAAAGAAAUGAACGGUAAGUAUGUCGGAAACCGUCCAAUCAAGCUGCGGAAAAGCAACUGGAGAGAAAGGACAGACUAUGAUGCAGUGGGAAGACAGAAGCAUCACAGCCAUAAGAAAGCUAAGCAGCCGAAGAAGAGCAUUCUUCACAAGUGACGAUGAACCAACACAAGAGAAGUGAAGCAUCUUCUUUUACUUCAUAGUUUCCUGUUUUUUUUUUUUGGGAGAAAAAUUUGGUACCUUGGCAUAUUCAGUACUCGCCCUUUCUGGAAAAAUACAUUACUUGUUUGGGUACACAACAUCACUAUCGCCACCACCUUAAUCCAAAUUUAUCCAAAUUUAUUUUUGGAUCGACCGAAUGGAUUUAUCGUUUCUAUCUA